CAUAUUCAAUUAUGAGCGCACUCGCUUAUCUUGUAUUCAUAGUUUUGGCAUACGCUACGGAAGGAGCUUUGUCUCCACAAAUUGUUGGCGGCAAAGAUGCACCCACCGGUAAAUAUCCGUAUCAAGUAUCGCUGAGAAUUUACAACACAUACGUAUGCAGUGGAUCUAUCAUUGAUAAUCGUAACAUAUUAACUUCAGCCCAUUGUAUCAAUGAUAAAAUAGGUGUAUUACCAUCAUUAAAGGUUCAUGUCGGCACAAACUUUCAAAAUGAAACAGGAGAUGUUUACGAAAUAGCAAAUGUUACUAUCAAUGAAGAUUACAAUAAUAUUCGACUUGUUAAUGACAUCGCCCUACUACAUAUUAAAACUCCUAUUCGAUAUACCACAAAAGUACAGCCAAUAAAACUUGCGACACAGAUAAAUGACACAGUUCUUGAAAACAAGACUUGCACAUUGUCAGGAUGGGGAAGUAUUAAACUGGGUGGCGGCACAUCAAACAACUUACAAGAAAUCAACUUAACAAUUUAUUCCCAAACUAAGUGCAAGGCUACGUAUUCAGAAUUAACGGAAAACCAUAUUUGCACUUUAACCAAGCGAGGAGAAGGAACGUGUUAUUUUGAUUAUGGUGCACCUUUAGUAUACAACAAAACUCAAGUUGGAAUUGUUACUUUGAAUUGGGGUCGACUCUGCGGAAUUGGAUAUCCAGAUGUAUACACGAGAGUGGCCAAUUUUCUGUCAUGGAUCAACGCAAAUUUGGAAAAAUAGCAGAUUAUUUUAUUCAUUUAUUAAAAUUUUAUUUUAUUUUAUGUAAUUUCUGAUUUU